AUGGAUCAAUCCCUAUCGGUGCCGUCCGAGGUGCGGGUGACGCGCCCCACCCUCACUGUGCCCCGCCGCUCCCACCUGUACGACUACUGCCCCGAGGAACGCCCAGGUCUGCGGAAGAGGCUACAGAAGCGGGUGCAGGCGUGUGGCAGGUGCUCCCGUCUGCCCAUCCUCGACUGGCUCUUCAAGUACAAUCCCCGCCAGGCCUUCCUUGGGGACCUCAUCGCCGGCCUCACCGUCGGCGUGAUGAGCACCCCGCAAGGGAUGGGCUACGCCUUAAUGGCCGACCUGCCCCCCAUUAUGGGCAUCUACGCCAGCAUCUUCUCCUCGCUGAUCUACAUGUUCCUGGGCACGUCAAGCCACGUCUCCCUCGGGCUGUCGGCGUCCCUGUGCAUGCUGACUGGGAAGGUGGUGGCGGACCUGGCCACCCUCGACGCUCCGCCCACAGCCAACGCCACGGACUUCUACUCCACCUCCACCGCACCGCAGAGCCCCGGGGACUUCACUACUUAUCACUUCAGCGACUACGCCGACUUCAACACCACCGCCGACCCGACCUACAGCCCCAUCCAGGUGGCUUCAGCGCUGGUCAUCAUCGUUGGGGUGUGGCAGGUGAUGAUGGGCGUGUUCCAGCUCGGGGAGGUGUCCACUAUCCUGCUCUCAGAAAUGGUCAUCUCGGGCUUCACCACCGGCGUCGCUUUCCAUGUCCUCACCUCUCAGGCCAAGAACUUGCUGGGCAUCGCUGUGCCACGCUACUCCGGCCCCUUCAAGGCCUUCUUCACAUACCGAGACCUGUUCAAGAAUCUGUUAAACGCCAACCCGGCGGCGGUGGUGGUGUCGGCGAUCUGCAUGGUGGUGCUGGUUGUCAACAACGAGGUGAUCAAGCCCAAGAUGCGGAAGGUGAGCCGCAUCCCUCUGCCCAUCGAGCUGCUGGUGGUGGGCGUGGGCACGCUGGCCAGCUACCUGCUCAACAUGAAGGACAACAAUAACAUUGCGGUCAUCGGCCACGUGCCCAAAGGGUUCCCCAAGCCGUCCAUGCCCCUCCUCGAGCUGGCCCCAAGCAUGCUUCUGGACACCUUCCUCGUCGCGGUGAUCGGCUACACGUUGGCUAUUUCCAUGACAAAGAUCAUCGCCAAGAAAAAAGGCUACACGAUCGACCCCACCCAGGAGAUGUACGCCCAGGGCUUCAUCAACUUGUUCGGGUCGUUCUUCUCCUGCGCACCCAUGUCCGUGUUGCUGUCAAGGUCGAUGGUUCAGGAGGCGGCGGGCGGCGUCACCAACAUCACCUGCUUCUUCACCAGCGGCCUCCUGAUCGCAGUGCUCUACUCCAUUGGGCAACUCUUUGAGUCGCUCCCCAUCUGUGUGCUGUCCUGCAUCAUCUUGGUGGCGCUCAAGGGAAUAUUCCUGCAAGUGCACGACCUGUUCAGACUGUGGUUGUCCUCUCGCCCGGACGCCGUCAUCUGGCUGGUGAGCUGCCUCAUGUCCAUGGUGGUGGACCUGGACUACGGGCUGCUGGCGGGCGUGGUCACCUCCCUGAUGGUGCUGCUGCUUCGCGCCCAACGGCCGCCCACUGCAAGCCUCGGACACGUGCCCUCAACCGACCUCUACCUUGACCUGGACAGGUACCACAAGGCGGUGGCGGUGCCCGGCGUAAAGAUCUUCCAGUUCGGCGGGCCACUCCACUUCGGCAACGCCCCUUACUUCCGCUCCAGCCUCUUCUCCACAACGGGCCUUGACCUCGACGCCCUCAAGGCUACUAACACUUCCUCCCCCAAGAUGGAGGAGCCGCCUACUGACGCUUCCCUGUACAAGGUGCUUCUCUUCCCAUCCAGACGAGACUGA